AUGACCCUGGAAAAGAUCCUGCAAGCUGCCAGGCAGGGCGACCUGGAGAGCCUGAGGAAGCUUCAUGCCGAGGGCCAGCUGCAGCCAGGUCUCAAGGAUCCUAUGGGAGCCUCUGUAGUCCAUCACGCCGCCCGCGGAGGGAAGGUGGGCUGCCUGCGCUACUUGGUGGACGAAGUGCAACUGGAAGGCGCAGGCAGAGCCAGGAACGGGGCAACGCCAGCGCACGACGCGGCCGCAACGGGCAACCUGUCCUGCCUGCAAUGGCUGCUCACCCAGGGAGGAUGUGACUUUGAGGAUAAGGACAAUUCUGGUGCCACGAUUCUGCACUUAGCAUCCAGGUUCGGCCACCAUGAAAUUACUGGCUGGUUGCUCCGGUUCGGGACAAACGAUGCGAUGGUGACAACAGACACAGGUGCACUUCCUGUACACUACGCCGCGGCCAAAGGAGAUCUUCCUACACUGCAACAGCUAUUAGAGUACUGCCCAAAUGCUAUAAAUUCCCAGACAAAGAAUGGUGCCACACCCCUCUACUUAGCCUGUCAGGAAGGACACUUGGAGGUGAUACAGUAUUUGCUGAAGGACUGCGGAGCGGACCCUCAUAUCCGAGCUGUAGAUGGAAUGACCCCGUUGCACGCAGCCGCACAGAUGGGUCACAGUACGGUCAUUGUUUGGCUGAUGAGUUUCACGGAUAUCAGUCUUUGUGAACGUGACGCCGAUGGAGCGACCGCCAUGCACUUUGCUGCCAGCAGGGGCCAUGCCAAGGUCCUGAGCUGGUUGCUCCUCCAUGGAGGGGACUUGAGCACUGACAAGUUUGGGGGAACCCCUCUGCACGACGCCGCGGAGAAUGGAGAAUUGGAGUGCUGUCAGAUCCUUGUGGUGAAUGGAGUCAAGCUUGCCAUAAAGGACAAUGAUGGAUACACCGCCGCCGACCUCGCUGAGUACAACGGACACAUGCACUGUACAAAGUAUCUCCGGACAGUGGAAAACAUGAGUGUGGAACAUCGCGUGCUCUCAAGGGAUCCAUCGGCAGAUAUGGAACUAAAGCAGCCGGAUUCAGGGAUGUCCUCUCCGAACACCACGAUGUCCACGCAGCCGGCCCACUUUGACAUCGGCUCGCCUACCAGUACACUCUCUAAUUAUGACUCCUGUAACUCCAGCCAGUCCAGUGUGGGAGACAAGAAGCAGAGACCCCCUGAAACUGCUACUAAUGACAUGAAAACGUACAUGGACAUGUUGAAUCCUGAAAUAGACCCAAACGGUGGCAAGAAAGGCAACAGUAGCGUUCCUCCUCCGCCACCUCCGGCCUUUCCUCCCCCGCCGCCGCCGCCGCCACCUCCUGAUUCCAGACUCCCUCCACCCCCAUGUUAUCCAGCGCCAAACCCUCCCGAGGGUCAGCACACAUCGGAGAUCUACGUCCAGGCAAAGAACAACCUUCGGCAUGUGGAGAGCGAAAUACUGAACGAAGAGGUAACUUGUGAUGUGCAUUUGGGGCUACGAAGGGCCGACUCCUGCCGCAAGUCAAGAAACUUCAAUAAGCAGCCCAGCACUGGGGAUUACUACAAAUAUCUGGGACAGAACUCCCAAGAGUCUUCGGAGGCCAAAAAGAUGGCACACAGUGAGGAGGUAGAUUUACCCCCCCUGUUAGUCCUGGUGGCCAUUGUCUCCAAAACAGAAAGUGAUGAGAGAGGCAGAAUUUUACAUUUGUCACAAGAACAAAAAGUGAAGAAAGGUCUGAAGAGGACAAAUGGAUCCCUUCUCUCAAACGAGAAUGUCCACAAUGGCAAUAGUUCAGACCAGAUGCCUGCAGGGAAUGUUCCACCUCCACCGAUCCCUCCUCCGCUUCCAGACAACCUGUGUUACCCACCACCCCCUCCUCCGCUGCCAACAGAGGCUUCAAUCUCCAGCUCCAUGCAACGACGUUCGUCCAACUCUACUGGAAGUACCAAGUCCUUCAACAUGAUGUCUCCAACUGGUGACAAUUCAGAGCUGCUGGCAGAAAUUAAAGCGGGGAAAUGCUUAAAACCAACUCCACACAGCAAAGCCCUCAACACUAUCUUCUCGGGCAGUGGACAGCCAGGAACAAAUUCAGAGGUUCAGUCUCCCUCGACUCCUCCUCCAACCUCCCCUGUUACGCCCCCCGAGAAUUCCACAAUCCUGCCCAAUAAGGCAACAAGAAAGCCAUCAGAGCCCAUAAUAAAUGGUAACUCCACCCCGCCAGCUCCAGUGCAGAGCAGCCAGCUGGACAUCGAGUCUCUCAUCCCUACCCAUGACGAGCAGGGGAGGCCUAUCCCGGAGUGGAAGCGUCAGGUGAUGGUGAGGAAGCUUCAGCUGAAGAUUCAGGAAGAGGAGGAGAAGAAGCGCACGGAGCAGGAGGAGGCGGCACGGUUGUUGACCAUGCCUGCAUGGCGGAGAGAUAUCCUGAGGAAGAAGCUGGAGGAGGAGAAAGAACAGAAACGAAAAGAGCAAGAAAAGGUAAAGAAAGAAGAGGAGGAGCGAGAGAAAGAGCAGUCGGAAAAGCUAAGGAUAUUGGGUUACGAUGAAUCCAAAUUAGCACCAUGGCAAAGGCAAAUUAUCCUGAAGAAAGGGGACAUAGCGAAACAUUAAACUGAACCAAUUUCCUGCCCUUCACUUUAUCAUAUCUCAGUAGAUUCUCAGCUGUUCAGUACGCGUGGGUCCUGGUAACAUUUCACAACGUAUCUUGGCCCACUGAGGACACCGUAUAUCUGUUUUGGGCUAAACCGUUCCAUGAUUAUUCCAGAUGUUACUAUGCCUUUGAAGAGUGUUUGGCAUUUGACCAUCUUCCAGCAUGGGGGUAUCUAUCUAUAAUUUGAGUAUUUAUAACGGUUUACAUGCCUUCCAUAUGUAGCCUGUU